AUGGCAAUGACCUCCCUGCAUGUAGCUGUACUGAGGCAAGCUACGGGAAUUGUCGAAACAAUCGAAAUUGUCCUUCAGGACAUGAAAGAGUCGCAGAAAUUGAUCUAUAUAGAUCAGCCUGAUGAGCUUGAUAACACCGCACUGUCAUAUGCAAUCUCAACCGCUUCCACACCCAUAGUCCAUACCCUCGUCCGUGCUGGGCGUCGAGCGUUCGGUCGAGUCCGGGUCGCCACGGCAUUCGAGUCCAUCCCCCAAGAAUGGCUGCACCACGAGGAGGUGGCAGAGUCGGACUUCGCAGCCCGGCUAUCAGGAGUUGUUCCUGGUGAGUCGUGA